AAAACCACUCGUAAUCGAUUCACAAUCACCAAAACCAUGCCUACACGCGAUACCAGCGCCGAAGUCGGCACGCCCGACGUGCAAACCGGAGAAAAGUCCAUCGCCACCAUAGCAACCUUACGCGUCGGCGUGAAGCUGUAUGUCUACCAUGAUAACUCGAGAGAGCACCGUCUGGCGGAGAUCUUGUCGAUACAAACGCGCAAGGGCACGCCACAUUAUUAUGUGCACUACGAAGAGUUCAACAAGCGUCUGGACGAAUGGGUCCCACCCACACGUCUAGAUUUGACGAAAGAGACCGUCGGCGAUGUGGGCACCCCCGAGGAUGAAGAAGCUGACGAGGACUCCGCAGAGACGGACCCCAAAGCCACCGCCGCGCGCGCCGCUUCGGCAAAGCAGAGUGGCACGAGCGGAACGCCAGAGACCUUCUCGAAGGAGCACGAGAUCGAGAAACUAAGGACUUCCGGCUCAAUGACCCAAUCCGCGCACGAGAUCUCCCGCGUGCGCAAUUUAUCAAAACUACAGAUUGGGAAGUACGAAGUGGAACCCUGGUACUUCUCACCGUACCCGGUGGAGUACACGGAAGAGGAGAUGGUUUUCAUCUGCGAAUUCUGCCUCAGCUAUUUCGGCGAGGAGCGGCGCUUCCAACGCCACCGAACAAAGUGCACACUUAUGCAUCCUCCUGGGAAUGAGAUCUACCGCGACUCUGCCGUCUCCUUCUUCGAGAUCGACGGGCGGCGUCAGCGCACUUGGUGCCGCAACCUGUGCCUCCUGUCAAAGUGCUUCCUGGACCACAAGACGCUGUACUACGACGUCGACCCCUUCCUCUUCUACAUCAUGACGACAAGAGAUGAAUACGGCUGCCACAUGAUUGGCUACUUCUCCAAGGAGAAGGAGUCCGCCGAGGGCUACAACGUUGCGUGCAUCCUCACGCUCCCGCAAUACCAGCGCCACGGAUACGGAAAACUACUCAUUGCCUUCUCCUACGAGCUCAGCAAGCGCGAGGGAAAACUGGGAUCCCCGGAGAAACCACUAUCAGACUUGGGACUACUCGGCUAUCGGGCGUAUUGGCAAGAUACCAUCGUGGACUUGUUGCUUAAUAAUAAGGGGUUGGAAACUACUAUUGAUGAGUUGGCGAGCAUGAGCGCUAUGACUACCCAGGAUGUUAUCCAUACGUUGCAGAAUUUAAAUAUGCUGAGAUAUUUUAAAGGUCAACAUGUCAUCUGCCUCACAGAUGCAAUCCUGAGUCAGAAGCAGAAGCAGGUUGAGAAGCAGAAGAUCAAGGGUAAGAGAACGCUGGAUCCGGAGCUGAUUCAGUGGAAGCCGCCGGUUUUUACGGCGGCUAAUCGGACUUGGAACUGGUAG